CAGAGGGAUUAGUGGCUGGCAGGGGGGACGAGGAUUUAACAGAGGUGUGUGUGUCGUCCACUGCGGUGGAGCAAAUGGGUGAAACAUUCUAUGGGAAUUAUGCAAGAACUGGGCAGGAACAGCUAACCGAGAGCGCGAACAUGCUGCACAACAAUGCUCCCUGGCUGCCACCCCAUCAGUCGCCACAGCAGCAACACCAGCAGCAACACCAUCCGCAGCAGCAGCAUGCACAGCUGCAGCAGCAGCAACAGCAGCAGCAGCAGCAGCAGCAGCAGCCUGUCUAUGCCAGCCAAAUGUUCCAUCAUCAGGCACCACCACCACUUGGCCAGCAGCAGCCACAAUACUGGCCAGAGGAGCAGCAGCAGCAGCAGCACCAGCAGCAGCAGCCGUCGCUAAAUUACAACAACUACUUUGCAGUCCAAGAUGGGGGUCAGCAGGUGCCACCGCCUAUGCCUCUGCCUCAGCCAGAGCUACAGCAACAGCCUCCUCAAAUGUAUUAUCAGCCUCCACCUCAAACAACCACCCCGCAACAUCAGAUGCAUCCCGAAAUCCCUUUGGAUUCCUUUGACAACAGCAGCGGCAGCAUCAAUAAUAACAACACCAACAACACCGGCAGCAGGAGUGAUGGCUGGGGGGAUUGGGGCGAUUGGAAUGAGACGAGCAACAACAAUAACAACAAUAGCCAGAGCCAGGGCCACAGCAACGAGGCCGUGAUGGAGCCACCGCCAAGCAUAGUGGAGGAUGCUUUCAAUAUUCAGGGGUCGCAGGGCAACAGCUGGCAGGCCUUUGCCAACAAUAACAACAAUUUGGAACUUCCGCAAUCCGCGGAACGCCAGCCGCAGCAACCGCAGCACCCGUUGCAGCCGCUGCAGCAACACCUCCAACAACUCCAUUUGCAACAACCGCCGCCAGAGGUAGGCUCGGAACCCGAAGUGGAUGCGAUUGUGCCGCCGCGAGCCUUUCAGAAUCAACCACCUGCGGCAGGAUGCGCACCUGUCUCCGGAGGGGCAGAAGUGGCGCCAGUAGCCGGAGGAUUGGUGGCAAUGGCCCCACCAUCUGCCCUGCCACCGAUCAUUGCCAGUCCGGGUGGCAACCCCUUUAAACGUUCCACUGGACCCAGCAAACGUGUCAACAUACUGGCCGCCACACAAGGAGCUGCUCCUGCUCCUGCUGCAGCACCUACUCCUGCUCCUCCGCAGCCUGCCACGACACUCGCACCAAUACCAAUAGCUCCUGUGGCAGCACCAUCUGCUGAGGCAAUCUUUGGUCUGGCCGCAGAGCCACAGCCGGAACAUUUCAAUAUAUUGACACCGCCGGCAGUGAUUCCUGCACCUGUUGUUCCGGGAGCGAUUCCCGCAGCUGCAUCCUCCAUUUAUGGACUACCCGCACCCUCACAGCCUCAGCAGCAACAGCAGCAGCUGCUGAUUCCACCACCACUCGUCCACGAGUCGUCACCAUUGGAGAUGGGGGCCUAUGAGAACAUGGAGGUGCUGGCCGCACCCAACGACGAGAGGGCCCAGUAUCUGCAGACCAGUCACCUCUCGGAGCAGCCCGAGGAGGGGGAGGCCAACUGGGAGGCGGACACAGACACGGGCCUGCUCCCGCCACCCGGUCUGUCGCGUCUGGUUCUGGGCCAGCCGGAGUUGGAGCAGCAGCGACUCGUCACGGGCACCGAACAGCCACCGGCCACGGCCAUGAAUGUUGUCCAGGCCCUCCACAUGGAGGAGCGUCAGGCCGAUGGAGAGGACACCUCCGAGGGAGAGCAGCCGCCCCGUGUCGACGAUCGCAAUCUGUAUCAGACACCGCCACGUCGUGUGGUUACGGGUGUGGAGACGACGGCCGUGUCUGUGCGGGAGCAGCGUGAGGUUGUCCUGGAUGGCGAGAAUCUAGAGGAUCGGGAGGAGCCACCACCAGCCCUGGCCGGAGUUCCGGCUGUCGUUCCGGAGCUGCCGCCACAGCUACAGCAACAUCACAGCCUGCCCGACGAGGCCGAGGACAUGCAUCACAAUCCCCCAUCACAGUCGGCUCCAGUGGCAGCCUCUACCGCCGCCGCCGCCUCUCACCAGCAGCCGCACCCACACUCACAAUCACACCAGCAGCCCCUGCAGCAGCAGCAGCAGCAACAACAGCAGCAGCAGAGAUUGGAGAAGAAGCGUCCCCAAGCCGGCCAGCGCAUGUCGCGGACAGGAAACGCCUCCUUGGACCUGGAGUCCGAGGAGUCGGAUGAGUUUCUGCUCAGCGAGCGAGAACGCGACAGGGAGCGCGAUAGACGGGACCUGCCCGAUGAUCGGCGCGGACGUCGUGGCCACUACAACAACUACGACGGCGAGACGGAGGACUCUGUGCGGGGCGCCGGCCCAGCCGGAUCUGGGGAGAGCAAACCGGUGUGCGAUAGCCAUCGCCGCAGCCACGAAGGCAACAGCCAGCAGCAUGGACGACGCCGCAAUCCCGACACAGACCUGGAACGGGAGCGGGAACGCGAUCGGGAUCGGGAGCGCAACUGGCGCCGGCGAUCGAACAAGUAUCACAGCGGCGGAGAGGAUCAGGAGCGUUACGAGCACUCCCGCCGCUACAACAAUAGCAACUACGACGGAGAGUCCGAUGGUCCCGACUCUAGCCACAUGGGCGCCGACAGCGAGUUGCUGCUAGAUGGAGGCAGCGUCGGCCCUGGGGCCGGACCCAGCAGCAUUGGUGGCCGCAGCAGCAAGAACGGCAGAGAGCGCCAGAGGCGCAGUGGUGCUGCACCCGAGGAUGACUACGACUAUGAUGACUAUGAGCGAGAGCGCGGCCAAUACUCUCGACGCUCCAUCAAGCAGUCGGAGAAGGGCCGGCCUAGUGGUGGGCGGCGCGAUCGACAUGAGGCCACCACUGGUGAUCAGCGGCCGCAGCGGCGCAGCAACGAUGAUGGCACCCUGGAGCGGCGCCGUCGUCAUCCGCAUGCGGAUCAACGCUCCAAGCGGCGCAACUACGCUCCGUACGCGGGUGCUGGCUAUGACCCGUACGGAAUGUACGAGCAGAUGUCGAGGAAUCCCCAAGCCUAUGCGGACAUGUACGCUAAGUUCUAUGGCCAAAUGAUCAACUCGAUGACGGCAGCGGUGGCUCCGUACAAGGCGGCGGCUGGUGCGGGUGCCAUUGGUGGUGUUCCGGUACAGCAGCAGCACCAGCAGCAGCAGCAGAUGAUGACUGCAGGAGUCCAAAUGAUGGAUGUCAUGCGGACGACUGGUAAGGAGGGUGACCUGCUUACAGAACGAGAACGGUACACACACGCAUACAUAAAUCAAGCAAACGAAUUCCAUCGUCAGCAAUAUAAUGAGGGGCUCUACCAGCAAAAGCUCCAGCAGCUACAGCAACAACAGCAACAGCAGCUCCAGCAGCUACAUCAGCAGCAACAGGAGCUCCUUAACCGCAGCAUGGCGGACAUGGAGGAUGGCAGUGCCAGCUUCUAUGGCGGUGAAUCGUUUAGCAGCCGGCGAGCUAUCUAUGGGCAUCAUGGGCUGGCCAGUGCCCGAUCGCUGAGCAAUCUGAAUGGUGGGGAUCUGAAUGGAACAGGACGAAGUUCACGUUGCAGCGGCAUGUAUUAUGCUGGCUCUGAAUGCGGCCUCGAUAUCAGAGGUGCCGAUGUGGCUGCAGGUGGCAGUGUAACCACCACAUCGGUGGCCCGUCCACCCAGGAGACGCACCCCACUGAUGUACAACCGACCGCAUUUGGUGGCCUCGUACGCGAUGAGCCUGCUGCUGAAGGUGAAGCCAAAGUACGCCGGACGCGGCCGCCUGCGCAACGAUGUGGAGGUGGCGGCACCGCGCUUCCGGGACGGCACAAGCAGCCUGCUGCGCAUGUAUCCGGGACCCCUGCAGGGCCGCAAGUUGCACAAGGACAAGAUCAUCAGUUUCUGCAAGGAACAGAUACGCCUCGGCCCCACCCGCGGCUGUACGAUGCUGUAUGCCACGCAGAAGAAGCCCCAGGGCACCGUGGAGAAGUACCGGGCCUCGCACGCCCUCAUGUGGAACCUGCUCAUCCUGCUGCUGCGCCAGAACGGGUACAUUGCCGACACGGAUGUGGGCGAUCUGCUGCUGGAGAACCAGCAGGAGUAUCCCUACAAUCCGGCCGAGCUGGAUGCGGCGUCCGAAACGGAUCCCGAGGCUGAUCCAGAGCCAUCGGAUCCAGCGGAGCCGGCUGUGGAUUCGGAAGCUGAAAGCGAAACGGCCGCCACCAGGGCCGCCAGUCAAUCCUCGGACGAGGGCCAGACUGCCGCUCCAGGGGCUGGCGCUGAUGCUGGCGCCUCGGGGAAAGCAGCGACGCUAUCGGAGCAGGAGGCCACGGACAAGUUCCGUAGCUAUGUGUUGCGCGGCAAUGUGGAGGAGGCCCUGCAGUGGGCCACCGACAAUAACCUGUGGACGCACGCCUUCUUCCUGGCUCUGUACGAGGACCGCUAUGCCCUGAUAGAUGUGGCCCAGAAGUUCCUCAAUCGCGCCAUCAAGGCCAACGAUCCGCUGCAGACGCUCUACCAGAUGAAGAGCUGCCACACCCCGGCCUGCGUUAGCCAGCUGCGGGACGAGCAGUGGGGCGACUGGCGCUCCCAUCUCUCCAUUCUCGUGACGAACAAGUCGCGCCAGCCGGAGUACGAUCGCAGCUCGGUGGUGGCCCUGGGCGACACGCUCUUCCAGCGCGGUGACAUCUAUGCGGCCCACUUCUGCUAUCUGGUUGCCCAGGAGGAGUUUGGACGCUACGACAGCUCGGCCACCCAGCUGACGACGCUUACGGCCAAUGUUCCCAGACUCAUCCUGCUGGGCGCCUCACACUACAAGCACUUCAACGAGUUUGCCAGCAACGAGGCCAUCAUCAUGACGGAGAUCUACGAGUACGCCCGCUCGCUGUUCGACCAAAAGUUCAGCAUCGGCAACUUCCAGCACUACAAGUUCCUGCUGGCCACGCGCAUCCUCGACUAUGGACAGCAUUUCCGCUGCACCAACUACCUGGAGCAGAUUGCCAAACACAUUGAACUCAAGCCAGACAGCUACGACAGUGAUUUUAUUCAGCGCGUAUGCGGCCUGGCCGAGCGUUUGCGCUACCACGAUCCCAUCCUGAUCAAUCGGGUGUCGUUUGCCAGUCCGCCGAUUGGCAACAACAGUAGCACCAGCAGCAGCAGCAAGGACCCCGCCGUGCCCGAGGACAAGGCCUGGCUGCGUCAGCUGCGGAUCAUGGCCGAUGUGCAACAGCAGCAGCAGCAGCAACAGCAACAGCAACAACAGGAGCUGCAGCAGCAGCAACAGAACGAUAUCGAUCAGCAGUUUGCGGAGGUGAACCAACAGUUCCGGGAGCUUAAUAUGCAAUAUGAUGGCGGCAAUUUGGAGGAUACCCUACAUCUAACCAAGGAGCAGCCACCUGUGCCUGAUGUCCACCAGCAACAGCUGCCAGAGCAGCAUAUGCAGCAGCAAUACUACGAGCCAACGCCUCAGACGCAAAUGCAGCUACAGCCUCAGGUACAGCAUCAGGAGGAGCUACAAACUGAUGCGUAUGGCCAGCAGACCCAACAGUUACAACAGCAGCAAAAACCGCCACAGAUGUACUAUGAUCCCAAUCCAGCAACAGCACAGCACUACGAACAGCAGCAACAUAUUGCUGCCUCAUAUGGCAGCCACAUAGAACCAGCCGCCGAGGCAUAUUCCGCUGGCGGCCAAACAGUAGAUCAAGCGGCAGCAGCAGCAGCAGCUUCUGGCUAUGGCUACGACUACUGGUCGGGCACACAGCAGCCGCCCUACGGCGAUGAGCAGCAGCUGCAGCACAUGCAACAGCAGAAGCUAAAGCAACAGCCAAACUAUCGCAGUGGCAACAGCAACAACCUAAACAACAAUUCCUUGAAAGGCUCAAAGACAGCAGCCACAAAGUCUGGCCUGGAGAUGGAGAGGACAAAGACACUACUCCGCCAAAUGGCAGCAUCCCCCGCUACUAAGCCACAGACAGCAGCCACAACACGAGCCACAAAAGCAGAGCCAGCAACACGAGCAGCAGAAGGAGCAAUUGAGGCAGCAGAAGCUUCACCACAAAUAUUAGCCACAACGAUGACAACGCCAGCGCCAGCAGCAACAAAGGCAUUCAAUUUGAAUGAUCUGCAGCAUCAGCAUCAACAGGGGCCACAGGGGCGACCAGCAAUCUCCAUGCCAAAGUCCAAGAGCUACGGCGAUGAGGACGAUGGUGCGGCUGCGGGUUCACCAGCCCAAGCAGCGGCCAGCAGAAGCAAGCCAGGAGCAGGAGCCAAACAGGGAUCGAGUGGAGAAAUUGGUGCACCUGGCAAUCAGAAUGCCGGCUGGUUCGGGGGAUUGUGGAACAAGUUGUCGCUGAAACCGAAGAACCAAAUGAUUCUGCCGGACGACAAGAAUCCCACCAUUGUGUGGGACAAGGAGCGCAAGUGCUGGACCAACACCGAGGGCAAUGUGGAUGAGGCUGAAAGCUUCAAGCCGCCGCCAAAGAUGAGUGAUAUGGGCAUGGGCAUGGGCAUGGGCAUGCCCUUGGGAUCACCACCUCCAAAUAUGCUGGGCAGCAUGCCCACACCUCAUCUGUUGGGUGGCCACGAGGCUGUGGCAGCGGCGCCACAGCAGCCACAAAUGUAUGGGAAUCCGCAUGACUAUGCCGCUGCCGCCCCAACGCCCGAGCUGUAUCCAGCAACGGUGCCAUCGCCAGCCCCAGCCCCAGCGAUACCUCCACCAGCACCAGCAUCAGCAUCAGUACCAGCUCCUGGUGGCGCCCAGCCCAAGCUGCAGUCGAACAUGUUUAAAAUGCAGCGCAAUCGCACUCUAAAGAACUCAUAUGUGGAUGUGUUCAAUCCUUCGGGUGCGCCCAUGUCAGCGCCAUCCGAGAAUGUCCUGGCCCCCAUAAUGGCGCCGGCUGCACUGCCCCAAGGUGGCUACUUUGUACCCGGCGGCGCGUCUGCAUCGCAUCAGCAGUAGGCCCACCGCUACUAGCCCCAGCCAAAACCCUCUAAUGCCAGCGAAAUCUGAACUUCGAGCUACGUAAAAACUACCAGACACUAGACCAGCUGUGCGCCCACACACUCACACACACACACACACACACACAUAACCAGAAACCAGACGAGACCAUACACACGCACACACCCAUUGAUCGUGCCACCCUGUCACUCGCCUGCCUGAUACAUGAAGCAUAGCAUGCAACCACACACCACAGUGGUGACACAGGGACGGGAUUGGGUGGGGGGCC